AGUUAUUAAAGAUGGCGGCGGAGCGGAGUCGCUCCCCGAUGGACUCGCCGGUGCCGGCCUCGAUGUUCGCCCCGGAGCCCAGCUCUCCGGGGGCGGCCAGGGCCGCAGCGGCGGCAGCCCGGCUCCACGGCGGCUUCGACUCGGAUUGCAGCGAGGACGGCGAGGCGCUCAAUGGCGAGCCGGAGCUGGACCUCACCAGCAAGCUGGUUCUAGUGAGCCCUACAUCAGAGCAGUAUGACAGCCUACUUCGGCAGAUGUGGGAGAGGAUGGACGAGGGAUGCGGAGAGACCAUAUAUGUCAUUGGGCAGGGAUCAGAUGGGACUGAGUACGGGCUGAGUGAAGCAGACAUGGAGGCCUCCUAUGCCACAGUGAAGAGCAUGGCGGAGCAGAUAGAGGCGGAUGUCAUCCUCCUGCGGGAGCGUCAAGAAGCUGGUGGCCGUGUGCGGGAUUACCUGGUUCGGAAACGAGUAGGAGACAACGACUUCCUGGAGGUCAGGGUAGCAGUGGUGGGCAAUGUGGAUGCCGGCAAAAGCACGCUUCUGGGGGUCCUGACGCACGGAGAGCUGGACAAUGGCCGUGGCUUUGCCCGCCAGAAACUCUUCCGCCACAAACACGAGAUUGAAUCGGGCCGCACCAGCAGUGUGGGCAACGACAUUCUGGGCUUUGACAGCGAAGGCAAUGUGGUGAACAAACCUGACAGCCACGGUGGCAGCCUGGAGUGGACAAAGAUCUGUGAGCAGUCCUCCAAGGUCGUUACCUUCAUUGACCUGGCUGGCCACGAAAAGUACCUGAAGACCACCGUCUUCGGCAUGACUGGCCAUUUGCCUGACUUCUGCAUGCUCAUGGUGGGUAGCAACGCUGGCAUCGUGGGGAUGACCAAGGAGCACCUGGGCUUGGCAUUGGCACUUAAUGUACCUGUCUUCGUAGUAGUCACCAAGAUCGACAUGUGUCCUGCUAACAUCCUGCAAGAAACCCUGAAGCUGUUACAGCGCCUGCUGAAGUCACCGGGCUGUCGGAAGAUCCCUGUGCUUGUGCAGAACAAAGACGAUGUGAUCGUUACAGCUUCCAAUUUCAGCUCUGAGAGGAUGUGCCCAAUAUUCCAGAUAUCCAAUGUUACAGGCGAGAAUCUAGAACUGCUGAAAAUGUUCCUCAACCUUCUGUCCCCACGUACCAGCUACCGGGAGGAGGAGCCUGCUGAGUUCCAGAUUGAUGACACCUACUCUGUCCCCGGUGUGGGGACCGUGGUGUCAGGCACGACGCUGAGGGGCCUGAUCAAGCUGAAUGACACUCUGCUGCUAGGCCCAGACCCCCUGGGGAACUUCCUGUCCAUCGCCGUCAAGUCGAUCCAUCGCAAGCGCAUGCCCGUCAAGGAAGUGCGCGGGGGCCAGACAGCCUCAUUUGCACUGAAGAAGAUCAAGCGCUCAUCCAUCCGAAAGGGCAUGGUGAUGGUUUCUCCGCGCUUGAAUCCCCAAGCCUCCUGGGAAUUUGAGGCCGAGAUUCUUGUCCUCCACCACCCCACCACGAUUAGCCCACGCUACCAGGCCAUGGUGCAUUGUGGGAGCAUCAGGCAGACAGCCACCAUUCUAAGCAUGGACAAAGACUGUCUGCGCACUGGGGAUAAGGCUACUGUCCAUUUCCGCUUCAUCAAGACCCCCGAGUACCUGCACAUAGACCAGCGGCUGGUGUUCCGGGAAGGCCGCACCAAGGCUGUUGGCACCAUCACCAAGCUCCUCCAGACCACCAACAACUCCCCAAUGAACUCCAAACCCCAGCAGAUCAAAAUGCAAUCGACGAAAAAGGGCCCCCUGACCAAGCGAGAAGAGGGGGGCCCAUCUGGCGGGCCAGCAGUAGGGGCAGCUGCACCCGGAGACGAAGCUGCCUCUCUAGGGCCUGGGCAGGCAGCUGCGUCCAGCAGUCUCCAGUCACAGCCCAAGCCUAGCAGUGGGGGCCGGCGACGAGGGGGCCAGCGCCACAAAGUGAAGACCCAGGGGGCCUGUAUGACUCCUGCCAGCGGCUGCUGAAUCCUCGUCACUCUGACCACCUCACCGGCUGGGCAGGGCAGCGCAGAUCGCCAUCCGCUCACCCCGGCCACAGCUGGAGCCUCCUCGUGGUCCCAGCCCCAUUUUCCAGGGGGGUUGUAAUUUAUAAGCUGAGGAAGAUGGCCAAACUCCCCAAGAACUGACCGACUCCCACCUCUUCCUGCCUCCUUCCUCACUCACACAUCUUUUGUACAUCUGGGCCCUUAGUUUUUAUUCUUUUUAUUAUAUAUCUGUCUCUC